AUGCUGCACGUGGCUAAUGCUAUUUUUCUGAGUAGAGGGCUGGCAGAGCUGAACAUCGGCUUGGAACUCCGAACGAAGAAAUAUUUCGAUCGAACCGAUAGCAUUGAAAUACCGAUCGUUGUGAUGUUAGCGUUGAUUCUUUUCGUCAGCUCGUUCACCAUUGUACCAACUGAAGAAAAACGGUCACUAUUCAAACGGCAGCAGUUAAUGACUGGUUUAUGGUCUGGGACGUAUUGGUUUGUCACACUAUUAUACGACGCUAUCGUAGUGGCACUAGUAUGCUUGGCAAUAUUUGGCAUUAUUGCAAUUUUUGUUUCGGGCGUCAGUUGGCUGUUCCUGGGAUUAAUGUGCCUGUACUGUGUGAUCAACCUUCCAUUAGUGUACUUGGUGUCUUCGAUUCUAUGCUGUGUCGGUGGCUCGUUUUUAUUUCUACUCAUUUUUCAAUCACUCGCUUUUAUACCCCCUCUUAUUGUUGGUCUAUACCUCAAAAAACCGUCAACGUCAACAAUACGUGUUGGUAAUGACGUCACUGAAGAGAAAGAGCGUCUGAACAAAUUUAAUGCAAAAUCGGCACUAAUAGUGAAGGAAUUGAACAGUACUGAAUGGACAUUACGCUCAUUAGUGUGCCUAGCACCAACAGAAUCCCCUUGA